CGCCCAAUGCGCACCUGGUCGGAAGGUGGCGCUGAUGGCAAAACUCACGUUGAAUUUUGCGUGGAACAAGUUUGUUGUGUGUCCUUUUGGAAUUGUGAGAUUUUCCGCGAUAUAAAAGUAUUAUCACGCGAAUAAAACACUGAAUUCCUUUAUAGGGAAUGUGCUACAUCUGAUUCAAGUGAAGUUGCGUGAGGAAGAGAAUUUCGAUGGCGGAAAUUUAUCAAGCUUCAAAGAUGCCUGAUUCAUCGUUAAUGGCUGAUUAUCUGGAGGAGAGAUUUGACUCUAUUGACUUGAUGGCAAUGGAGGUUUUGAUUGGCCAGGAAGUUGAUGUGGAUUCAAUUGUCGAGGACUUCAAUAUUGCAGAGAUGAAUGUUGAUGCUUCGGAUUUUGAUUUCCUGGACAACUAUCAAGAGGUUGCGAUGCUUCCUGACGCUGCGCCAGUGAAAUCUCCUGAGCAAGUCCGCGAACCGCUUUAUUUCUCUAUUCCUGCGGAGGAUAAUGCAGAGGCGCCGGCGCAAGUUGCGGAGCCCGAAGCGCCGGCGGACGUUGUUGAGAUCCCGAAGUUUGUGAUCUUGAAACCUCCGCUGCAGAUUGUGGCGAUGGAAUCUUCGGAGGACGAGCAGGAAAUCGAUCUGAGAUCUGAUGAUGUUGAGGAAAUGUCAAAGGCUGAGAUCACAAUUCCUGUCAUUCCCACAACAUGGACAAAAGCCAGGCUUAGAAAGCAGAUCUUCAAGAAGCACCCAGCGAAUCGCCAGGAACGUCCAAUGUUCACUCCAAUCGUGACAACGCCCAAGAAGAAGAGGAAGAAAUCUGCUGCUGAAGUGAAGAGACAACUCUUCCCGGCUGACGAGAAGGAAAACAUCCUUCCGGAGGAUUCGAGUUGCGCAGAGUCACCAAAUGUGUCCACAAAGAUCAUCAUUGCCACACGCCGAAGUCUUCGCAUCAACAAUUCCGCCCGGCGCGUGAGCAACAAGGAGAUUUACUUCUCCUGCGACGUUUGUCCGAAGAUCUUCAAGGAGCGGAAGAUGUUUGAGAAGCACCGCAAGAGUCACGCCGCAAAGUCGCCGCAGUGAGUAGAGAUUUGAGAACUUGAUUGACGUGAAUUCCAGUUAAAAUUUAGCCUUUCAAGAUGAAAUUUGUCAUGUGAAAUAAUACAUUUAUGGUGUAUUUCUUAGCGUUAAAACACAGGUUUUAGAAUUAAAUUACAUUUCCUGUCAAAUUCCCAUUGGAUAAGUUAAUAAUUUUCAGUAAAAGUCAAAGUGAUUUCAAAAGAUAUACAUUUUAGAGAAAAUCUAGCAAUACUUUGGUGGUAAUUUCCGCCAGACGCUCGAAGAGUUGAAGAAGAUUGAGUGGAUUUUAAUAGUUUUGUCACGUUAAAGACAUUAUUUUCACAUCAGAUAAAUCAAUUUAUAAGUGAGUGGAAUGCUAGAGUCGCGGCUAGAAGAAGAAGCAAAAAGUUAAUUUACAAUGCAUUGAUUUAUUUGAUAAGUUUAUGGAUUUUUUUUUGGUGUUUCCUCUUCGACAAAUUAAUUCAGUUGAACAAGUCAAUUAAAGGGCAGUUUGAAGCAAAUUUCAUUCUGACGUCACUGAAAGAAGAUAUUUAAGUAUGAAGUGAUAGAAAUAAACCACAUCGAU